GGGGUCUGUCAGUACUGAAGUCUGCUUUAAAGAGCAUCGAUGUUCCCAUUUUCUGUUCGUCUUGUGCAUCAUAUUUCACUGAUUAAAUUACCUACCUUUCUUAAGAAUCACAUUUUUCAGACGUACUUCAAACCUCAUCCCAUCAUUUCAAUUUAGCAUCUAGCAACUCUUAUAAAGUAUGAGCAGAUACGACGGCGGAUACGAGACCGGAUACGAGAGUGACACUAGUCGCCUCCACCGUGGAAGGGAAAGGAGAAGUGAGAAGACAAGAGGGCCUCCACCCUCUGCUAGGGGAUUUGAACAAGUUAAUCGGCGUAAGUUGGUGCACGUGCUAGAAAAGAAAUCCUUUGUGUGUUGCUAAGAAGAAAACUAGUCGUUGCAGAAAGCUCAAGAAAAAGCAGCGACAGCGCCAGCAGAGCUGGGACUGACAGGAGUGAUCGUUCGGGUGGCACGGAUAGAACUGCUCGCCGUGCGUUUCCCUCUGAAAUACAAAAUUAUUGAGAUGUCAGUGCUAAUAACUCAAACAGCUAGGGAACGUGCACGUAUGUUGCAUACUCAAGUACACUGGUAGAAAACUGUAGACUGACGUUAAACAUAGCUUCGGAAGGUGGUCCAUCUGGGCCUCGUGCUGGUAGCGUUUCGCGUACACACGGCAGAGGAUCACUAUUCGACGAAGAUAGACAAAGAAGAAAGCUCGAGGCAGAGAGGAACAAGAAUAUCGUUGUGAGGGUGCCUCGAGAUCGAGUCUCUGGUGCGCCCAGUAAUUAUGGAGGGGAGAGUGCGUUUAGCCGUAUGAGUGACACGAAAUCUCACCAUUCAAAUAACACAAUUAUGUCCAGUAGUCGUGGUAGGGAGAGUAGUGGAUACGGCAAUAUGGAUGAUGAGAGAUCUCAUCACUCAAGCAAUACAAUCACGCCCAGUAGGUAUGGUGGGGAGAGUAGGCAUGGCGGGGAGGGUAGGCAUGGCGGUAUGGAUGAUACGAGAUCUCGUCAUUCAAACGGCACAAUCACACCUUCAACACAUAGGAGAACACCCUCAGUUGCAGCGGCUUCGAGGGUGUCUUCACAAAGACCUAGACGCGACGAUGUUGAAAUGCUAUCAGACCGAGCAAGAAAUAUGCAGCUCAAUGAACCUGAAGAUCCUACCGAUGAAGAAGCUCGAAGACGCAGAAUAAGAGGUAUCGAAAAGUGGAAAGAGCAACAAGAACUCGACCUAAAUGGUAUUGAAAAACCCGUGAAACCUGGGGCAUCAUCAGUGAUUAGUGGUGCAAGCUCAUUAGUACGCCCUGGGGAGAGUGUGGAUGGGAGGGAUGCAAGAAUGGAGAGGCUCUCGGCAGCAAGUCGUAACCGUUCGGUCUAUUCUGGCGCUGAACCCUCCAAUUACAGUCGCGAAUCUCGCGAUAGACGUUUGGCGGUACCCUCAUACCCCGGAUCUUCAUCUUCGAGUCGUCGCUCUGCACGCCGUCACGGUUAUGAUGACUAUGAAGGCUAUGACGAUAUGGGAUAUGCACCUCCUGAGUCGCCGGGUAAUAUUGUGAUUGUUAAUAACACCACUAUGACCAACCAAAAUAGCAGUAGUAGUUAUCGACGCUAGAGAAAAAAAGGAAAAGCUGAGGAGGGUAGCUUUAAUACUUGUGAUUAUUAGAAGGUAGUGGUGGGAUGGUAGAUGGGUAGGUGUUGGUAGAGUGGUGGCGUGGGAGUUUGAAAACAAAAAUUUGAGAUCGAGGGAGAAAAAAAUUGGGGAAUCAAGGACUUAGGGGAAAGCCUAUACCUAAAAGGAAACUUUGUGGGAUUAUUCUUUAGACCGAUUCAUUUCUAGCCUGGAGUUAUUUGAUUAUUUGUUCCUGGAUAGCUGGCGUUUCGGUUUGGCG